AUGGAGAAGUUAUCCUCUGUGGCGAAGACGCUUGCACCUUCUCCAAUCCAACAGCUUUCUUUCUUAGCUCAGAGUUGCAACGCUAUCAACCUCGCCGAGGGCUUUCCCGAUUUCCCCGCGCCUCCUCACGUCAAAAACGCCGCCGUCGCCGCCAUCAACUCCGACUUCAAUCAGUACAGGCAUGUGCAGGGAAUAUGUGAUUUCGUGGCGGAGAAGAUGAAGAAACUCCAUGGAAUUGACGUUGAUCCACUCACAGAUGUGGUCAUUUGCUGUGGCCAGUCGGAGGCCUUCGCUGCAACACUAUUCGCAGUAAUUGAUAGAGGUGAUGAGGUCAUACUUUUCGACCCGUCGUACGAAACGUACGACACUUGCAUCAGGCUUGCCGGAGGAGUUCCGGUUUAUGUAGGCCUUGAUCCGCCUUAUUGGACAUUGAAUUCAGAUAAACUCGAGAAGUCAUUUACCAACAGAACAAAAGCAUUAGUGUUGAACAGUCCUCACAACCCAACUGGAAAGGUUUUCACCAUGGAUGAGCUUGAGAUCAUUGCUGGAGCUUGCCGGAGAAGGGAUCUGAUUGCUGUCACUGAUGAAGUAUACGAGCAUAUAACCUUUGACAAUCAGAGGCAUGUAUCACUUGCUUCACUUCCUGAAAUGCAAUCGCGGACAGUCAUCACAUCUUCCCUUUCAAAAACUUUUAGUGUUACUGGAUGGAGAGUCGGAUGGGCAAUUGCACCCCCUUGCAUUGCAUCGGCAAUCAGAAACAUUCACAUCAAAAUUACAGAUUCUGCUCCAGCACCUUUCCAGGAAGCAGCUUUGGUUGCGUUAAGAAGUUCUCCUACAUACUUUGAAUCAUUGAGAAAAGACUAUGAAUCAAAGAGAGAUUACAUUUUCAACUUGCUUGCCAAGAUUGGAUUUGAGUUGCCGUUCAAGCCGCAUGGCUCAGUUUUUGUGUUUGCACGGCUCCCUGAAAGUUGCCCUCUUAAUGAUGCGGAACUUGUAGAGGAACUAAUUAAGCAAGCAGGGGUUGUUGCAGUACCAGGCUCUGGAUUUUUCCAUGCAAAUUCAACUGCAGGUCAUGAUCAUCAACGGUAUAUCAGAUUUGCUUUCUGCAAAAGUGAGGAGACUCUAGCUGCUGCCUCAGCAAAAAUCAGUGGGCUCGUGGAUGUUAAAGGCAGUUUCAAACUGUUUUACCUCACCAAAUGA